GAAAUGAGCGGAUCACAGAGGAGUUUGGGGAAGGGCAGUGAUGCCAUGGGACCAGUACCAGAAGGGGUCAUUCGACUUUACAGCAUGAGAUUCUGCCCCUAUGCCCAGAGAGUCAGGAUUGCCCUCAUUGCCAAGGGAAUCAAGCACGAAAUCGUGAACAUUAAUACAAAGAAUAAGCCUGACUGGUUUUUUGAGAAAAGCCCUCUGGGUCUGGUCCCUGCUCUCGAAAUGUCUGAUGGAAACAUAAUGGCCCUCAUUCCGAGGCCAAUAUACGAAUCACCCAUUGUGUGUGACUACCUGGAUGAAGCCUUUCCUGGGAUUAAGCUGACUCCUGCAGACCCUUAUACAAAAGCCAAACAAAAGAUACUAUUGGAGUAUUUUUCCAUGAUGACAGCUGUGUUGUACAAGAUUCUGUUUGCAAGGAAGAAUAAUGAAAACACAACUGAACUGAAGGCACAGUUUGCAGAGAAGUUCACAGAACUUGAAGAGCGGUUUGCUCAGCUGAAGACCCCUUACUUCAGUGGGAAAUCUGUGUCUAUGAUUGAUUACAUGAUCUGGACCUGGUUUGAGCGGUUCAACAUUUUUGAUGUUAAAGAAUACUUGGAGAAGACCCCACACAUCAAUGCCUGGAUCAAUCUCAUGUUGCAGGACCCAGCCGUGAAGGCGACAUUUACUGAACCAGAUGUUCUCACAGCCUUCUUCAACCUCUACUCUCAGGAUAACUUGGAAGCUGUUGAUUAUGGCCUUGAUUCAUUUUAUAAAAAAAUAUGAUCAAUAUACUUU